GCGGAUCACGUUUUAGCGAUGAUGAGAUCAGCUCAUCCUCGACAACCAUGCCGCGCCGAUCAUCUUCAUUCUCGUGUCCCAAGCAUCGCAGUGACUCCAUGCCCUUCAUCGCGCAUGCCUGACCCUUCUGACGAGACAACUGGUGCGCCCACGACGAUGCUGUGACUGCCCCCUCCACCCCACUUCAGCGCCAGACUCCCGCCCGGCACGCAGAAUGGCGGAUGACGCUUCCUCCCCCAGCGACUCUGCGCAUACCGCGCGCAUCUCCACCCCCCAGAGCGACGAACUCUCCAACUCCGGCCCUUCUGCCCCCUCCGACUUCCUCAAGCACCUCCCCUCCUCCGAACACAUCCCUCUCGCCGAUGCAUCUCCUCCGACCGGCACGGAAUCCGCUGACAAUGGCGCCGCCUUGCCCGCCAAACCCCAAACCGACUCUCAAGGGCGCACCUUGAACCCUCGAAGCUGUGUGACUUGUAGGAAGAGAAAAGUCAAGUGCGACAAGGUGCAUCCAUGCAGCAAUUGCAAUCGCGCUCACAUCGAGUGCAUCUUCCCUGCCCCCGGUCGAGCACCUCGCAAAGUCCGCAAAGCCACAGAGGGAAGAGAUAAAGAGUUGUUGGAAAGGUUGCGGAGGCUUGAAGGCGUCGUCAAGGGCAUGGGCGUGGAAGUGCCUCGGGAGGAGAAAGAGGGCAGUAGCCAGCCACCAAGCCGCAUGAGCCUCGAGCCAAGAUCGCAGGGGGAUGGUGGCGAUUCCAUGGACGCAGACGGCCCUGAUGUUCCCCCACCGGAUGACGUCGACCACAGAACCAAGGCUAAAUGGGUAGAAGAGAGGCAGGAUCGCAAUUUCGAGAACCGUUUCGGCAGGCUGGUCGUCAAUGAGGGCAAGAGCCGCUACAUCAACAACUCUUUCUGGGCGAACUUGAGCAACGAAGUGGAGGAUUUGAAGGGCAUCAUGAACGCUCCAAGCGACGACAACGAUGACGAUCCGACCGUUCCGAGCGAACCCGCGACCAUGGGCACUCAGCAAGGCUGGGUGUUCGGCUUCAGCUCCCAGAAUGUUGACUUAUUGUCUUUGCACCCAUUGCCAAAUCAGAUCCGGGAAUAUUGGGAGGUGUACAAAGACCGUGUCGACCCGCUCGUCAAGGUGCUGCACAUCCCUUCCAUGGAACCGACCAUUCUCGCCGCUUCUUCCAACUUGACCGGCCUGAGCAGGGGAUUCGAGGCCUUCAUGUUCGCAAUCUACUACGGAGCGACGACCAGCAUGGGCCCUGCCGAAUGCAAACAAAAGUUCGGCGAGGAGAAAUCAGUGCUGCUCGCCAGGUAUCGCUUUGCUAUCCAGCAGGCUCUCGCACGCGCCAACUUCCUCCUCUCGGAGGAGAUUGUCGUGUUGCAGGCGUUCACCGUCUUCCUCAUCUGUCUUCGUCGCAACAAUGAUGCGCGUGUUAUCUGGACCCUGACAGGCCUUGUGGUGCGAAUCGCCCAAACCAUCGGAGUGCACCGAGAUGGGUUACACUUUAACCUGGCGCCCUUCGAAGUAGAGAUGCGCCGGCGGUUGUGGUGGCAGGUGUGCAUCCUCGAUACGCGUGCGAGCGAAGAUCACGGCUGUGACCCAACUAUUAUCGAACAAGGGUUCGACACCAAAAUGCCGCUCAACAUCAACGACUCCGAUCUUACUCCCGACAUGACGGAGUUUCCGCCAGAGCGACAGGGCUGUACCGACAUGUCGUUCUGCUUGAUCCGGUUCGAGGUGGCCAAUACCUUCCGACGCAUCAACUACAUUCCGCCUGGGCCUCCGGAAACAUGCACCGAGUACUCUGCCAAUGUCACAUUACAAGACAAGGAGAAGUGGAUUACAGAGUGCCACCAACGGCUGGAGGAGCGCUACCUGAAACACUGCGACAUGACCGUUCCAUUGUUCUGGGUCACGGCCACGGUAGCCCGGCUGAUGAUGAGCAAAAUGUGGCUCAUGGUUUACCACCCCUUCCAACGACACGAUGGCGGGGCGAGCUUAACGCAGGAGACGAAGGAGAAGCUGUUCAUUACCAGUCUGGAGAACAUCGAGUACAGCUUACUGCUUGAGACGGAAUCGAGGACGAUGAAGUGGGGCUGGCUGUUCAAGACGUACAUGCAAUGGCACGCGCUCGCUUUCAUCCUCUCGGAGCUUUGCCAUCGCACCACCGGCGAUUUGGUAGAGCGAGCGUGGAUCGCAGUAGACAAGACUCGCGAUGGUCGAUGGGGCAUGCACUCCACCACCGACUCGCCGGCUGGACACUUGUGGCGGCCGCUGAAGAAGCUUUACCGGAAAGCGGCAGAGGCGCGACAACGGGGACUGCAGAAUCAGCGCUCGAAGCCGCAGCCCAACAUUCCUUCAAGGAACGUCACUCCUACUUCAAAGGCAAAGAUGGGCCAGACAGGCGCGCCGAUGACGAAUAACCCAUCGCAUCUCCAACCUCCAUCGCAGGCACAGGCACAAGCUACAGCCCCCGCAGCGCACCAAUCUAACAACUCCCCUCUCGGCCGCCUGCCUGCAGACAACUACGAGUUCUUCAGGAACUCCACAAUGUCCACUGGCGUUGCCGUCGAUGACAACCCCGAUGCCAUGGACACCAGCCGGCAGCGACCAAACGCUCGCAUGCAGCCCAGUCCACCGCACAACACCGCCCCAAACAACAACCUCAACACCAAUCUCCCGAACGCCUACCUUCCACAGCAACAACAACAACAACAACAACAACCUCCGAACCUCCCUCACCAACCACCCCCAACACCCGUUGCCCCUCUCGCUCCGCAAUUCAGCCCCAACCCCUUCUACAUGAACCACAACCCGCACCCAAUGGCACGCACCAACCCAUCAAACCACAUGGACUUCCACCCCACCCCCAACAACCACCCCCCAAACCUCCCCAACUUCGGGACAGCCCACGCUCCCCCGCAUCAACAACACCCUCCUCCACUAACAGCAGGCCCCAACAACCCCGGGCCCAACGAUUCAAACAUCCACCUCAACACCUACAACCCCUGGUCCCCCACCGCCGGCGGCCCGGACACAGGCCUCACGCCCUCCUCUUCGUCCGCCGAUCUCUCCGCCAUGCACACCUCUGGCGACCUGAAUUGGGAAAGCUGGGACCAGCUUGUGCGGCAGUUUGGCACGAAUGUCGACCAGAGGAGUCUGUCUGGUGGUGGGGCUGGGUUUGCGAAUGAUGGCGGUGGUGGUGGUGGAAUUGGAGCUUGGGGCGGCGGGGCCGUUGGCGCUGGUGCUGCCGGUGGUGGUGCGGUGCCGAACUGGGAGAUGUUGGCUAAUGGGGCGAAUUUGAGGUUAGGGAUGGGGAUGGGUGGAGGCGAUUGGUUCUGAUUUGCAAUUGAGGAGGGCAAGAGGGCGAGGGUGCUUUUGUUGGUGAAAAUGUACAGAUUAUGUGUUUGGGUUUAUGAUGAUAUGCUUGCUGUCGUUUUUGGCUUGCGCUGGGUCGCGCAGAUACAUAUACAUAGAGCGAGGUGGACCACUUGUUAUGGGUACUUGAUUGUUGGGUUUUGGCUGGCCUCGUGCUUAACAUUGAAGUACAUCAGCUCUGCACCUCUAAAAGAAGCGCGAGAGCAUUCUCUGCCCAAGUGGCAACAGACAACGCAUCCACACCCACCCACCCAGCGCUAUCCACCCA